GUCAUGGCAGCAAUUGCUGUUAGAGCUGUUUCUGUGCACCGUGCUGCUUUCGUGUAGUGUUCUCGCUAUGAACAUCAUUCCAGACUACGAUGACGAAAGCCUGCCGUACGUUGUCCAACGCCAGCCACCAUCGGAAAGAGACUGCAUGAUAUGUGUUACAACUUUCGAUCUUGAAUGUAGAAAUGGCCAGAGGUCCAGCGCUACCUUCUACAAACCCAAACGAGAGUACUCCAUGAGCAGGUCACACCCAGCGGCUAGCAACAUGUGUGGUUGUUGCGCCAUCACUCGACUAUCCAACAAUUACUGCUGUGCUGUUUGCAACGCUUCAAAACGCGGGGGAUAA